AUGUCGGCCAGCAAGGCGUCCCGCGUAGGCGAGGAAACCCGAAUCGACAAGGUCAAUGCUGAGCUGGUCACAUUAACAUACGGAACCAUCGUCGCACAACUCUGCAAAGACUACGAGAGCGACUAUGUUGAGGUCAACAAGCAGCUCGAAAAAAUGGGCUACAAUAUUGGGCUGCGACUCAUUGAAGACUACCUUGCCAAGUCCAAUACCAUGAAGCGAUGCGCCAACUUCCGCGAGACGGCCGAGAUGAUUGCUCGCGUCGGAUUCAAAAUCUUCCUCAACAUUACACCCCAGGUUACAAAUUGGACGAGCGACAACGACCAGUUCUCGCUUGUGUUUGAAGAGAACCCAUUGGCCGACUUUGUCGAGCUUCCCGACGACGGACGAGCACAAGAUCAACUCUGGUACUCCAACAUCCUGUGUGGCGUACUCCGUGGGGCUCUAGAGAUGGUGCAGAUGCAAGUGGAGGCUCACUUUAUCAGUGAUAUUCUCAGGGGCAACGACAGCACCGAGAUGAGGGUUUCGCUGAUUCGAUACAUCGACGAUGAGCUGCCGCCUGAGGAUGACUGA